AUGGGAGUCGAGGGCUUGACUCCGCUGGCGCCUGCGGCGGUCGCACCGCUUUUGCCGCACGAGAUGGAGCACAUCCGUAGGGUUUACGACGAGGACGUCGGGAGCAAGAAGUUUGCCGCAAUCAUCACCCCCCGUGAGGACGCACACAUGUUUCGUAGCACCGACCAGCACUGCGUGCCCUGCGAGUGCAUCGUGGAGCUCUACGAGCUGCUCUGGCGCUGGGGGCACCGGCGGAAUAAGAACCGCAGCUUUGCUGACAAUUUCGGCUUCUCAAUCCCGGACACGGUGGUCAUUGCCAAGGGCAAGCCGUAUGCCUGGUACUUCAUCAGCCGGAAGGAUGGAUCCCUCCUUCGCAAGUCGGAUGGCAACCUUUCACUGCAUGCUCUGGAGAAGAAGCUAGUGGGAGACCGCGACAAGGACGACAACCGGGAUAAGCCCUGUGCGGUUUGGCUGCCCAUGGCCUCCCAGUUCCCGGAGGCCAGGAGCCCCACGCCCUUCGCUCAGUUCCUGUCGGUCAAGGGCCUUCAGGAGUUCAUCAUGUGCCUGAGGGAGCACCACUCUGGCAUUCUCCAGGGCUUCGUAGCACCCCACGGCGUUUCCAACGCCCUGGUCCGCACUGUCGAGUUCCGGCGGCAGACAGCGUUGGCCAUGCGAACCAACCGUGCGCUGCUUUCUGGAGGCAGCUUGGGUUUGUGGCGGUGUAGCGUGCAGUGUCGAGAAUAG